UAGACGCAAAAAAAAAAAUGACUGCUUUAGUUAAAUAGUACAACGCAAAUUUUGACGCAUUUCGCAAAAGUGCGCAAAUCUGCAAAGCGUCUUUCCCGGGCGAUAUUGAAGUAGUCAAUGGAAGUGUUGGGAGCAGCUGUCAAAGUCAUGGGAUCCUUCUGCCGGUGGGCCGCCUGGGAGCCCCGCACAGAUCUCCACUGCGCAUGAGCGCGCCUCGGACAGCUCCAGAGAGGGAAAUUUAAAAACGGUUUUUUUUUGAGGGGGCGCAUCAAGUGCUGCACGGUGGAAUACAGUAGAUGGUCUCCCGGACGACCCUUUCACACAAUCUUCCAUAUCAUCCAAAACAGGUACUACAUAUCCCAGGAAAUGAUAGAAGGUGGAAUUACAUCCAGGAUGUCAGGAAUAAUUGAGGAUGCUGGUCAUCAUCCAUCACCGCAAGAUUAUAGGCUUCUGACCACGGACCCCUCCCAGCUGAGGGAGGAGGACCUCCCUGGGGACCUGCAGUCUCUGUCGUGGCUCACCUCGGUGGAUGUGCCGCGACUGCAGCAGAUGGUGGAUGGCCGUGGCCACAGUAAUGGGCCCUCCCAGGGCAGCUUGUUGGAGCAACAGACAGCCCAAUUGAGCAGCAUGGCCAUGACAGGAGGUCAGUCCUCCAUGCUCCACCUGCAAAGUAACAUGCAGCCCAGCCCACUAGGAAUCAGUAUCAUCAACACCCACAGUGGAACAAUGUCUCCCUUCUCCAUGUCUGGAAUGCCCUCACCAGGGUACCAAUGUCCUACUUCAGUGUACCAGUCAGCACCACAGCAGGUGUACUCACUAACCCAAACUGGACAGCAGUGCUCAACAGGUGGGCUGUACAGCAAUGUCUCUUUCAACAACCAAAGUCUAUUUUCACAACCUCACCUGGCUCCACAAGAACAGGACCUGCAGCCAAAAUGUUUCCCAAAACCCAUCUACUCCUACAGCUGUUUGAUUGCCAUGGCUUUGAAGAACAGCAAAACUGGCAGCCUUCCAGUCAGUGAGAUCUAUAGCUUUAUGAAGGAACAUUUUCCUUAUUUCAAGACAGCGCCAGACGGAUGGAAGAAUUCAGUCAGACACAACCUGUCUUUAAAUAAGUGCUUUGAAAAAGUUGAGAACAAGACAAGCAGCUCCUCAAGGAAGGGCUGCCUGUGGGCACUAAAUCCAGCUAAGAUCGACAAGAUGGAGGAAGAGAUGCAGAAGUGGAAGCGCAAGGAUCUCCCAGCAAUCCGCCGCAGCAUGGCUAAUCCAGAUGAGCUGGACAAGCUGAUUACAGACCGCCCAGAAAACUGCAGACGGAAGGUCAUAGAACCAGUCAUGACACGGCUGCCGAGCUGCCCAACAGGUCUCUCGUUGACGGCGCAGAUGCAGCGACCCCAGCCCAUUGUGACCCUCUCCCUGCCGUGUAUACCAAUGCACCAGCACCAUCAGAUCCAAGCCCAGCUCCAGGCCCAAGCUCGCUUGGCGCCAAUGUCCCCGGCUCCAGCCCAAACACCCCCACUCCACACGGUGCCCGACCUCUCUCGGAGUCCGCUAAGCCAGCAACCCAGCAAGCCUCCUGAAGACUUUUACAGCGUACAAGUUGAUAGCCACACAGAGGUGGAUGCGUUGGACCCCAGCAUCAUGGAUUUUGCCCUUCAAGGUAACCUGUGGGAGGAAAUGAAGGACGACAGCUUUAACUUGGAUGCAUUGGGCACAUUCACUAACUCCCCACUGCGACUAUCGGACUGUGAUUUGGGGAGCAGCCUCCCUCCUGCCUCCAGCGGAGCAAGCCUGCCGCUGUCAGACGUACAGGUGACGGGUUUGUACACUUCAUACACGUCACAGGAUUCCCUCUCCUCACAAUACAUGAGCUCACCAGCCAGCAGCAAGCCCAUCGUCUUGCUUUAAAGCAACACUAUUCUUUUUGAGGAUAUCUUGUCCAAGACACCAAGUGAAGGCAUUUUUUUUGUACAAAUCAGCCGGGAACUAUCAAAAUGGAGAGUUCAUCAAGACAUUUUUUUUUUUUUAAAGACGUGGCAGAAAAGCAUUUAAAGACAUUAUAAUAUCAAGCUUUGCCAAGCAAAGCCUCCGAAAUGCUUGUGUAAGUACAAACAAAAGCUUAAGGAAAUGUAAUUUUUUAAAAUCCCUAAUCUGUUUGAAAAGCCUUCUAUAUUGUAGUUCUGUCUUUUGUAUGAUGUACUGUGAUAGAUAUUAUCUCUGUGUUGUUUUAUUUAUAUUUAUAAAAAAGGCAGCUAGGAAAGUUGACAAUUUCCGUCAACCUUUUGCUGUAUAUAUUUGAAUGUUCAAAUGGCUAUUACCACAGAAAAUCUUUCUCUCGACUCUUUUACCCAACUUCAUUCCAAAAUGUCAACAUGUACCACUGUGUUUUUCAGUUCUUUUUUUUUUUUUUUUUUUUUUUUACAACAGCUUACAUUUGUGAUUAACAUGUUGAUUGGAAUA